AUGGAUUUUCUUGUAGAGGAUGGUCGCUUCAAGUGUUGUUUCUUCUCUCUAGGUCCUUGUGUCUGUGGGUUUAGGUUUUUUCGACCUGUUGUAUGCGUUGAUGGGUCUUUCUUGAAGACUAGGUAUGGUGGGAAAAUGUUGUGUGCACUGGUACUGGAUGCAGGCAGCCAUAUUUUUUUGAUAGCUUUCGCUGUAGUUGAUAGUGAAAACCAUAAUUCUUGGACUUAUUUUAUGAGAAAAUUGAAAGAAGCAAUUGGUGAUGUUAAGAACUUAGCAUUUGUGUUGGAUAGGCAUCAAAGCAUUGUUCAUGCUUUGGAGAUUGUGUUCCCUAAUGCACACCACGGUGGUGCAUGCUACCACCACAUUAUUAUGAAUGUCAACCACAAGUUCAAGAUUGACGUCUUCACGAAUCACAUUUACACAUGUGCCUACACGUAUUCAAAAUCAAAGUUUCAUAGAGAAUUUGAGAACAUUCGGGCAAUGAAUGUUGCGAUUGGACAAUAUCUUGAGGAAAUUAGAUUUGAAAAAUGGGUUCGGUCGUACUUUCCAGGGGUACGUUACAUUGUAAUAACGAGUAGCUGGUUUGAGAGCUUCAACAACACAACUAAGGACAUAAGAGGCUUUCCGAUCACUGCUGCUGUUCACUCUGGAGGAUCAGUUGAGAUCGGUGGCAUAGUGGACUUGCAGGAACAGACUUGCACUUGCAGCUUGUUCCAAAUCAUGAAGUUUUCUUUGCAUGUGCUGUAG